AUGACAGGAGAUCUAAUUUCUCAGUCUGACACGAAGAGCAACUGCAGCGGUGCAGACCAGGGACCCUCCAGCAGAAAUUCUGUGGUCAUCUGCCAAGCAGUUCAAAGAAGUAUCUUCACCUCUAGCACAUCUUCAGCAGCUGAGAGGGUUAGCCUGAUCCUGAAACAGGAGGAGAAGAAUGAAGAAGCAAGCUGUCCCAUACUAUUUAUACAGCUCUCCGAGCUCUUCAGUACAGCUGAAGGACUGGAAUGGAGGCAAACUGCCAGGUGGAUAAAGUUUGAAGAAAAAGUAGAAGAUGGAGGAGAACGUUGGAGUAAACCUCAUGUCACAACGCUGCCCCUUUACAGUCUGUUUGAACUAAGGACCUGUAUAAGAAAAGGAGCCAUUCUGCUAGACUUGGAAGCUCAUAGUUUUAAGCAAAUAGUUGAGAAAGUGAUUGAGAUACAGGUAGAGAAGCAUGCCUUCAAGCCAGAGCUCCUGAAGAAACUUACCUGUGUCUUACUCCUCAAACCUUAUCACCAUACAACCAAAUCUCAGCUGAAGAUGCUGUUUGAGAUGGGCGUGUCCCCUUGUGCUGAUAGGGCUAACAGACAUUCAGAUGCAAACUGUGAGGUCUCAGAGGUACCCUUAAGGGAACAGCUGAAAAAUCAGUUUAAGAAGAAAAUUCCAACUGGAACCGAAGUGGCCAACGUUCUUGUAGGAGAAGUCUCUUUCCUGGAAAAGCCCUUCAUUGCUUUUGUGCGGCUGCAAAACUCGGUGCUUCUUGGAAGCUUGACUGAAGUUGCUUUUCCUAGCAGAUUCCUUUUUAUCCUCUUGGGUCCCAGAGCCAGAAUGAAGGCCUACCAUGAAAUUGGCAGAGCGGUGGCAACUCUCUUAACAGAUGAGCUUUUUCAGAGAAUUGCUUGGAAAGCAAAAGACACAGAAGAUCUCAUUGCAGGAAUUGAUGAGUUUUUGGAUGAGCUGACUGUCUUACCACCAGGCAAAUGGGAUCCAACCAUCCGAAUUUGUCCCCCCAAAAGUUUGCCCUCACCACAGAAAAGGAUCUCCAUGCACGUCCGUGACUGGAGUCCUCACGCUAAUGGAAACAGAUCUGCUGUGGAUGAUCGACACGCUCAUGGGCACCAGCACAUCAGUGAAGAGCUGAAGAAGACCGGAAGGCUAUUUGGAGGGUUAUUAAAGGAUAUUCAGCGAAAAGCCCCUUGGUACUACAGUGACUUCUCUGAUGGCCUCAGCCUCCAGUGCUUUUCAGCCAUCCUCUAUAUCUACCUGGCUACAGUCACCAAUGCAAUCACCUUUGGAGGGAUGCUGGGAGAUGCUACAGAUAACAUGCAGGGUGUCCUGGAAAGCUUCCUUGGUACUGCUUUUGCUGGAGCAUUUUUCUGCCUGUUUGCCGGGCAGCCUCUCACCAUCCUGAGUAGCACCGGGCCUGUCCUUGUCUUUGAGCGUCUUCUGUUCUCCUUCAGCAGAGACCAUGGCUUGGAUUACUUAGAAUUCCGCCUCUGGAUUGGCUUAUGGGUGGCUUUCUUUGGCCUUAUCUUGGUGGCCACUGAAGCUAGUUACUUGGUGCAGUAUUUCACGCGCUUCACUGAGGAAGGCUUCUGUGCCCUCAUCAGCUUCAUUUUCAUCUAUGAUGCUGUUAAGAAGAUGCUGUCCCUGGUGGAACAAUACCCAGUCAACUGGGAUUAUAAAAUCAGUGACGUCACCUUGUAUGGCUGUACCUGCAGUCUGACCGAGACAGGCAACUCUUCUGUCCUGAACCAGACCCUGUUCCCUGACCUCAGCAGUUUUGGAGAGCAAUCCGACUGGGAAUCUGGGAACAGGUCCCUCCUGACCAAGGACCGGUGUGUGCAACUAGGGGGCCACCUGGUGGGCAACAGUUGCAGCUACGUGCCUGACAUCACUUUCAUGUCUUUCAUUCUGUUUCUCGGAACAUUGUUCUGUUCUAUGGCCCUGAAAAAUUUUAAAUCAAGUCGCUAUUUCCCCACAGCUGUAAGGAAGCUAGUGGGUGAUUUCUCCAUUAUUCUGGCUAUCCUCAUCUUCUGUGGAAUUGAUGCUGCUCUUGGAUUAGAGACACCCAAGCUUAUUGUGCCAAGCACAUUCCAGCCUACAAAUCCCAAGCGAGACUGGCUUGUGUUUCCAUUCGGAGCAAAUCCCUGGUGGAUAUACUUAGUGUCUUCAGUACCUGCCAUUCUAGUUAUCAUCCUCAUCUUCAUGGAUCAACAGAUAACAGCUGUCAUUCUCAACCGCAAGGAGUAUAAGCUGCAGAAAGGGGCAGGAUUUCAUCUAGAUUUCCUCUGUGUUUCCCUACUGAUGAUUGUUACCUCGUUUAUGGGCUUGCCCUGGUAUGUGUCCGCCACAGUCAUCUCUCUGGCGCAUAUGGACAGCCUUAAGAAAGAAAGCACCACUUGUGCUCCAGGAGAGCAGCCAAAGUUCCUUGGAAUCAGGGAGCAGAGAGUGACAGGAUUGAUGGUCUUUAUUCUCACAGGAUUGUCUGUGUUCUUGGCACCUGUGCUCAAGUUUAUCCCAAUGCCCGUGCUGUAUGGCAUUUUCUUCUAUAUGGGUGUAUCUGCACUUAGCAGUAUUCAGUUCACAGAUAGACUUCAACUCUUGUUGAUGCCUAUUAAACACCAGCCAGACUUCAUUUACCUACGCCAUGUUCCACUACGCCAAGUGCAUCUUUACACUUUCAUUCAGAUCUUCUGCCUUGCUGUCCUGUGGCUCAUUAAGUCAACUGCAGCUGCCAUUAUCUUCCCUUUAAUGCUGCUGGCUCUAGUGGGUAUUCGGAAGGCAAUGGAAUACAUCUUCCCUCUACAGCAUCUGAGUUGGUUAGAUGAUGCUAUGCCAGAAAAAGACAAAAAGGAGGAAGAAGAAACACUGAAGAGGAAGCAAGAUCAGGAUGAGAGUGACAGUGAAGAUUCUGAACUUAUGUACCAAGAAAAAGGACCAGAAAUCAAUAUCUCUGUGAACUAG